AUGGGUUUGAUCCAGAAAAUAGCGAUUAUUGGUGGUGGACCAGCAGGCUUGAUAGCUGCUGAGAGUUUGGCUCGGCAAAAGGGCCAAAACUGGGAAAUUGUGGGCUUCGAGGCUCGAGGACAGCUGGGCGGCGUUUGGGGCGAUUCUCCGGGCUCAAAUACCGGUUCUCGCGAGGUCUUCGAGCAAUUGAGAACAUUAGAAAGGUUUGAUGAGCCUCUCGAUCCAUCGCGUAUAUUCCAAGAAGGUUCGGCUCUGGUCAAGAAUGGUAGAAUAUCCGAUUUGCGUCCUUUGCUGGCAACAAGUGUUGACAAGCCCAUGCGAGUAAAACGCAUUCCACAGCUACGUGAUGGAUUUAUCUUCUCUGCAAAAACGGGCGUUUACGAAAAUCUCAUGACCAAUACCCCAGGUGAACUUAUGAAUAUGGACUUGACAGACCUGUCCCAUAGUUCCAAAAGAGACGACAUCGCACCUUUAGAGGACCUUCAACAAGUGCAAGAAGAUAUUCGCGGGUUUGUGGAAAAAAAUCCCAGUUCCAAGGUCUUUCGACGUCACACAUACGUCGAGUAUCUUGACAAACUGUCACCCGAAAAAUGGAUUCUAGUGGCCAAGAGAUCUGAGCCGGAUAGCGAAAAUGAUUACUGGUACUCCGAUACCUUUGAUGCAGUGAUAAUAGCUAACGGACAUUUUUUGUGCCCGUACCUUCCCUUUUACAUGACUUCUAAUUCGGACGAUGGCAACAACAUUCACGAAUUCAACAAGCGGUUCCCAAAAACUCUCACUCACGUCAGAGACCUUGAUGUUUGGUUUCGGGAACGAUUGCCUGUGGUACAGAAGGAUUCUGCCACUAGCAAGCAGAAGGUCGUUAUUGUGGGUAAGAGUUUCAGCGCCAUGGAUAUUCUAAAGCGUUUAAUACCUCUCCAGGAUGCCAAUCAUGAUUUGGAAAUCAUCGUGUCGGUGAGAACACCCCCCAUGCCCGACAACCAGGCUAAUCCGUUCCGUUGGUUUGACAGAUGGCUCACGCAAACUGCAAAAGUGACGACAGUGUGUGCAAUUUCCCGAUUUUUCGAGCACCAAGGCACGCCAGCGUUACAACUUGAAGACGGCACCGUAAUCCAAGACCUUUCUGCCGUUGUGUUCGCAACUGGAUAUGUUUACACCUUUCCGUUCGUGUCCAACAAGCUGCUGGAAAGCUACCGGAUUUUAGUGACACCAGAUCCUCGCAAUACAAAUGGCACGCCCUCGAAUGUGUCCCGGGUCACAGGGUUGUAUCUACACACGUUCUCGAUUGCUGAUCCCACGAUGGGUUUUGUUGGGAUUUCAAGCAAUGCAAACUUCCAAUCCUUCCACAUUUCUGCUUUGGCACUUUCAGGUACAUGGGCCAAGCUCAAUACGCUCUACGACUCGCAAAAUCCAAAGGAUGGUCCCAUCUACGACUCUAUAUGGUCACAAGUCCUCCCAUCUAUUCAAGAACAAUUACAGUGGGCUCGAGAGCGUCUACUUCGAACCGGGAAUAAUGGUGCGUAUCAUUUUUACUAUCCAGUGGUUCUACUCAAACAGCAAUGGCUACAGCUUUGUGAGCCACUUUUUUCGGACGAGGCUCGUCAACAUCAAUUGUUCCCACACGAUUCUGCUGAAAAAGCCCAACGUGGACUCGAAAGGCUCGAGGACCUGUUUUUCAAGACGGUCGAUCCGGAAGAGUUGUGCUCGAGAGGCCAAAACUAA